UUUGAAUCAUUUUGCUGGAAUGACAUUUUUUGGCUGUGGAUGUCGACUAAUUCCAUACGUUCUUGCCGCGGCGAAUGAAGCACCUUGCCGACGUCAUUUGUAGCGUGUGUUAUUGUUGUGAAUCUUCGUGUUGCUGGAAUGUUUGACGGUGUCCCGCUUUGUGAGGGAGGACAUGAGGACACUACGGGUCUGAGAGAGGAACAAAAUGCACGAGAUGAGGAAAAGAAGAAGAUAGUCGGAGUUUAUUUUCACCAGUGAUUCAUAUCUUAUGUAAAAAGCACAUCCCUCUGACCGUUGUGAUGUUGUGGGUUCGAAUCUGAACUGCAGUCUGCAGUUUCCUGUUUCAACUGCAUUGUAAAUGAGUCAACCUGGGAAGAUGUCGGCGGACACAAAGAUCGCCGAGCUGCUGACCGAACUCCAUCAGCUCAUCAAACACACGCAGGAGGAGCGCUCCCGCAGCGAACACAACCUGCUCAACAUCCACAAAACCCACGAGAGGAUGCAGAGUGAGAACAAAACGUCGCCGUACUACCGCACCAAGCUGAGAGGACUUUACACCACCGCCAAGGCGGACGCGGAGGCCGAGUGCGGCAUUUGUGCCGUGUCCAGGAUCCUUCGGCGCGCUCUGGACAAAAUCGCCGAGAUCAAGUCGCUGUUGGAGGAGCGAAGGAUCGCCGCCAAGAUCGCGGGCGUCUAUAGCGACAGCGACCCCCCCAGGAAGACCAUGCGGCGCGGCGUGCUCAUGACGCUCCUCCAGCAGUCGGCCAUGACUCUGCCGCUGUGGAUCGGCAAACCCGGCGAGAGCCCGCCCCCUCUGUGCGGGGCCACGCCCGCCAGCGGCGACUACGUGGCCAAGCAGGGCGACAAGGUGGCGGCCCGGGUCAAGGCGGUGGACGGCGACGAGCAGUGGAUCCUGGCCGAAGUCGUCAGCUACAACCACGCCGCCAACAAGUACGAAGUGGACGACAUCGACGAAGAGGGCAAAGAGCGCCACACGCUGAGCCGGCGCCGCAUCAUCCCGUUGCCGCAGUGGAAGGCCAACCCCGAGACGGACCCGGAGGCGCUCUUCGCCAAGGACCAGCUGGUGCUGGCCCUCUACCCGCAGACCACCUGCUUCUACCGGGCCCUCAUCCACGCCCCUCCGCACAGGCCGCAGGACGACUACUCGGUGCUGUUUGAGGACACGUCGUACGCCGACGGAUACUCGCCGCCUCUCAACGUGGCUCAGCGCUACGUGGUCGCCUGCAAGGAGAACAAGAAGAAGUGAAAAGCGCUGGCUCGUCACGCCGGAUUCGAAACAAACUGCCUCCUCUUUCUUUUUUCCACAUUGUAGUCAACGACUAAGAUAAUAAAUGACGAUCAAAA